CGCGGUUAUUGCCCGUAAAAAAGCAGAAUCAGCCGUGCCAAACGACCCUCCACGAUACCGGUACGUGAAUGAGCCAACGGCUGCAAUCGGUGCUCGCAAUCAGUUCUCGACACGUGCAAAAUUACGGCCGACGACGACAUUUGUGGUGUUUCCUGUGCAACAAUGUUGACUCCGGUGGAACAGCAGCAAGCCAUGUGAUGGAUCCAGCAACCGCGACCUUCCAACCUCCGGUGCGACUCAUGCACCAGGGCGCCUACUUUGAUACCCGGCGUCGCUGGCAGUUAACUGGCAACGGCACCGAGCAAUCGUUACCCACCAAACGGAAUGCGGCGCAAGGGAAACCGACCCCGACGGAGACGGCAGGCUAUCGUUUCGAGUUUACGCUCAUGAGCUACAACCUACUGGCACAGGAUUUACUCGAAGACCACGCGGCCCUGUACCGCAGGAACGAUUCGCGGGCCCUACCGUGGAACCACCGGCUCGAUCGGCUGCUGGCGGAGAUCCGUUACAUCCGGCCGGAAGUGUUGUGCGUGCAGGAAUUGCAGGAAAAUCACCUUCAUCAGUUCUGCAACGGUUUGGCCGACUUUAGGUACCAGAUGCUGUACAAGAAGCGCACCGGGGGCGACAAAACGGAUGGCUGUGCGGUGUUCUUUCGGAGCGACCUGUUCGAGCUGAUCGCCCACCACGAGGUGGAGUACUUUCAACCGAACGUCAACAGACUAAAUCGUGAGAACGUGGCCAUUAUUGCCAAGCUGGUGUUGAAGCAGAACUCGCAGACGAAGCUCGUCGUCUCCACGACGCACUUGCUGUACAAUCCACGCCGACAGGAUGUCCGCUUGGCCCAGAUACAGGUGCUACUGGCCGAGCUCGAUCGUUUCGCGUACAGUGGCCGGAUGCCGAACGGUGUUCCGCAGUACGACCCCGUCAUUCUGUGCGGUGACUUCAACCUGCAACCGUUCUCUGCCCCGUACCGGCUAAUGACGGACGGGUGCCUGCGCUACGAUCAGCUCACGGCCCGGACGCUCGAACAAGAUGAGUGCGCAUACGAUGAGCUGGCGGGAAAAACGUUUCUCCCCCCGUGGCUCGGCAUUACGGACCAGUGUCAGCAUGACACGCUGCACGAUCGUGAUGUUACUCACCCGAACGUGGUUCCCCCUCAACAGCGGACGCGGUUGCACCACUCGGAAGGGGUCGCUUUGGAAGGAACGGAAGCUCCUAAAAUCCACCAAAAAGAAUCCAAACACAGUAGCUUCGCUUCCGGCUCUCUAAAGCAUCGGUUUGUGUUCAGCUCGGCUUACAACCACGGACCGCAAGACCCGUCCGGGGACGACGCCAUGCGAGAGGCAACCACCUACCAGGACCGUUGGAUAACGGUCGACUACCUGUUCUACACACCAUACCGCUCGGUAGCGGAGUGCAGUCCGUCGCUGCCAAACUGGAACCUUGAGCUACUCGGCACGUACGCACUGCCCACGGUGCAGCAAUGUAGAGGCGAACCUUUACACAUACCGAACAUGUUCUACGGGUCGGAUCAUUUCUCACUCGCCGGACGCUUUCUGCUGUCCACUCCGGGUCUUUGCUCUGGGCGUCGGAAGUGAGAUGUUUUAACCUUGUUGACACCGUGAGCAAUUAUUACGAAAUCUGCAAUGAAUGAAUAUGUUUUUAAUUGAGAA